AUGGUCCCCAAAGAGGAGCAUCAGUACACUGGACUUAUACAACUUCUUCUCCAUUUUGGAUGGACGUGGAUUGGACUCUUUGCUUUCGAAAAUAAGGAAGAGCGUUUUUUGCAGAAACUGCAGCCAUUGCUUUCACAGAAUGGGGUCUGUUUAGCUUUUACGCAAAAUAUUCCACAAUACCUCCACUUGGAAGAUUUGUCAGAAUUGUCAGACUCAGUCUCAAUUAUUUUUAAUAAAUUGAUGGAUCGAAAAGUGAAUGUUUUUCUUGUCCACGGAGAAUCCAUCAUAAUCGUGUGGCUGAGAACUGUCAUGUUUCUAUGGGAUCCUGAAAAUAAAGAGAGUACGUUAUUUAGGAAGGUUUGGAUCCUGAUGAAUUCAAUUGAUUUCAUUCUGAUGGGAAUUCAAAGGAGUUGGGAUUUCCAGUUGUUCCACGGGGCUCUUUCCUUUACUGUGCAUUCCAGAGAAGUUUGUGGGUUCAAAGAAUUUCUUCAAGUCAUCAAACCUUCAACCCACAAAGAUGGAUUUCUCCAAGAGGUUUGGGAGCAAUUGUUCGAUUGUUCAUUUUCAAAGGCAGAAUUAUAUUUAUCUACGAUUAGUGAAACCUGUACUGGAGAAGAGAAGUUGGAGACUCUACCUGGUCCUCUGUUUGAGUUGCAGAUGACUGGCCAAAGCUACAGUAUCUACAAUGCUGUUUAUGCAGUGGCACAUUCUUUGCAUCAGGAAGUGACAUCAAAAUCCCAAACGAGAGAUAUUCAAAGGGUUGAAUUGGCAAAUCUGCUGCCUUGGCAGCUCCAUUCAUUUCUUCAAGGCAUUUCUUUUAACAAUUCAGCCGGAGAGAGAAUAUUCCUGAAUGAGAAGGGGGAAGCAACAGGUGGAUUCGACAUCACCAACUUGAUCACUUUUCCAAAUAGAUCCUUUCAGAGAGUAAGAGUUGGAAAAAUGGAUCCUCAUGUUCCCAAAGGGAAGGAAUUAUUCAUUGAUGAAGAGGUGAUUGUCUGGCACCCAGCUUUUAACCAGGUUGUUCCAUUUUCUCAGUGUAGUGACCAUUGCUACCCUGGAUACUGGAAGAAAAGGUUGGAAGGAAAACAAUUCUGUUGCUACGACUGUGUUCCUUGUCCAGAAGGGAAGAUUUCAAAUGAAAAGGAUAUGGAUGACUGUUUUCAAUGUUCAGAAGAUCAAUAUCCAAAUGAAGAAAAGAAAGGAUGUAUCCUGAAACUGCUGAUCUUCCUAACUUUUGAAGAAACCUUAGGAAUUGCCUUAUCCUCAGCAGUUCUUUGUUUCUUCUUCUUGACCUCUUGGGUACUUGGAACUUUUAUUAAGCACAGGGAUACUCCCAUUGUGAGAGCCAACAACCGGUCCCUCACCUACACCCUGCUUGUAGCGCUUCAGCUCUGUUUCCUCUCCUCUUUGCUCUUCCUAAGUCAACCUGGCAAAGUGACCUGCCUUCUCAGGCAACCAACUUUUGGCAUCACCUUCUCAGUGGCCAUUUCUAGUGUACUGGCCAAAACCAUCACUGUGGUUGUGGCCUUCAUGGCCACUAAACCAGGAUCUCACCUGAGGAAAUGGAUGGGGAAGAGAUUGGCCUUUUCUAUUGUCCUCUCAUGCUCUCUCUUACAAGUAUUUCUUUGUAUUCUUUGGUUGUUGACAUCUCUCCCAUUUCCUGAGUUGGACAUGCACUCAGAGCUCCAAGAAAUUAUUUUACAAUGCAAUGAGGGUUCAGCUUUCUUCUUCUACUGUGUCUUGGGCUACAUGGGUAUCUUGGCCAUUGCCAGCUUCAUUGUGGCUUUUCUUGCCCGUAAAUUACCUGACAGCUUUAACGAAGCCAAGUUCAUCACCUUCAGCAUGUUGGCCUUUUGCAGUGUGUGGAUCUCCUUCUUUCCAGCCUAUCUGAGCACAAAGGGAAAAGCCAUGGUAGCUGUGGAGGUCUUCUCCAUUUUGGCCUCCAGCGCUGCAUUACUGGGAUGCAUAUUCCUCCCAAAAUGCUACAUCAUUGUUUUGCGGCCUGACCUCAACCACAGGGAGCAACUCAAAAAGAGAAAGUAA